AUGGAAGGUCGACCACCGCAGUUACCGUUCUCGCGGAAUACGAAUACGGCCUCUCCAUACGCUCGUUCUACAUUUCCACCGGCGCCAAACGGACAGCCUUCACAAUACCCACCGUCGUCGCAUCCACCGAGUGGCCAGCCUUCAUACCCGGAUCAUCAACGAAGAACUUCUGAUGGACAAUACUUUCAACCGCGUUAUCAAGAAGGACCGCCGCUGCAUGGAGGAGGUCAUUCAAGACACCCGAGCUCUUCCUCGAUUGGGCAUUCGACUCCUGUAGGACGGGGUAUGCCUCCACCAUCUUCGCCGCAACAACAACAACAACAACAGCAACAACAACAACAACACCAAGGACCCAUCCAACACGGUUAUGGACCACCACAUCCUCGAGGACCUUCAGUGUCUGUUGGGCCCCCGGUCGGAUUUCCAAGUAGCCGAGAGUUGCCACCGCCUUUGAAUAGACCACCUAGCACUGCUGGAAGUAACAUGUCCAUUUCAUCAUUACUUGGAGGCCCAGCGCCGACUACUCGUGAACAGAUGCCAAACCAGUACACGUCCCCAAUCACUACAUCGGCACCCCCUCCGAUGUAUGGGAGUGCGACGCAUGCUUCACCGCGCGUCAGCUCAGCGGCAAAUGACUAUACAUCUUUUGGACGUCCUCGGACUCCCGAUUCACGGUAUGAACAUCGAGAUCACCGGGCGAAUUCUGCAGGAUCACCACCAGGUGCUGGACAAUAUGGAACGCCUGAUCAUCGACACGCUACUCCUCAACAUUACGGUCACAGACCCUCUCAGAACCCGAUCGCCCAGCAUCCGGACGAUCGGCGCGACUCGCAAGGCAUGAGAGGUAGCAACAUGAACAUGCCUCCACGACCAAACAGCCAGCCAAUGACAUAUCAUUCUUCAACGUCUCGCCCUGGAGAUCGUUCUACGUUUCAUGGCGAACCACAACUGGGUGGUAGGAGAGUAGAGCAAGACCCUCGAGGGAUGGAGACUUUAACUAGAGGAGAGCCGAUCCACCAGAGACCCAGUGGUUUCAGCAGUAGACAUGACCCGGUCUUUGAGCACAUCGACAGAGAACGAGAAAGGGAGCGAGAGCGAGAGAGAGAUAGGGCGGAGAGGGAAUCAGCAGCAGCAGCCGCCAUGAUGUUAAAUCACAGGGAGAGGGAGAGGUCUGCUUCAGAGCGGGAGCAAGCUAUGGUCAUGCAGGAACAGGCACGACCUGGCAUACACGGAGAGUACCCACACCAGAUGUCUCAACGAAAUCAUCCCCAAAUCUAUGGCCGUCAACCAGACGCCCGCGAACAAGCAACUUGGGUACGUCCUGGACAUGAACAACAAAGAAUUGGGUUUGAACCACCGACAUAUGAGCGACCGCCACCAUCUUAUGCACCACAUGGCAAUGUCUACGACCAGCCAAGAAGCGCGGCCCCUCAGUACGGUAUUCACCCUGCUUAUCAACCUGUCCCUAAUAAUGAUCAACGUGAUCCCCGUUACGCUCACGUCUCUCAUUAUCCGCCACACUCUCAGCAGCAACAAGCAUCGGGUCCAGGCCCUCAUUUUGAGCAAACAUUUGAGGACAGAAUGCUGCAGCAGCAGCAGCAGCAGGAACAGCAAGUUGCAGCAAGACAGCGAGCGGAAGUCAAAGCUCAACAGUCCGCAUUUGCUGGAUCAAUGCCGCCUAAUCCCCAAUACCCGCAGCAUGAUUCCCCGCAGAGAAGAUUGGUCGAAGAAGCACCCCCUCAAAUGAUGCAGCAACAUCAGAACCAAAGAGGACUUCUAAGUGUUCAAGACAACCGCAGGGGAGGUCGAGUCUCACCCAUCCCUCAAGCUGUACAAGGUGCACAAUCACAGCAACCUGGUCCCGCUGGUGAACCUAGUAUCAAGAGUGAGUUUGGUAAAAUAUUUCCUGGCAUUGGAAGUGGAGUGGCUUUGAGUUUAUCUAGUCCUGUUGCGGGAUCCACUACUGGUGGUUUGCCUUUCUCGGGCUCACGCCGUGAAGAUCUUGAUUCCCCUUCUGCUCAUAAUUCGCCUAUUGAAAAUGGUAGCUCUACAAUGCCUCGUCCAUUUGGUAGACGCCGUAAGCUCAAGGAGGAAGAUAGAAAUGAUGACGAUAGCAGCACUGGACGACAGACUCCCAAUGGCAGAGGAAAGCGUACAAAACAUGCUGCACAUCGACAUACUCACCAACACAGAGUCGCCGGUGCUUUGGAUCACAUCCCGCCACCUUCAUCUCAAUCGGUGACGCCCUUUAAAAGCGUCAAAAGAACCAAUGGUGAUGUAUCUCCACCUCACGGAGAGAUUUCUGUCGUUCCGCAUCAUCAUCUCUCAAAUCCACAUUCUCAUCAUCACCAUCACCAUCACCACCAUUCCGCAGGACCAAAUCACAAUUCUGCAGGACCGAAAGUUCCUCCUAUGAACAGCCAUCUCCAUAUGCCCAAAUACCGAGUUCAUUCACAAGAGAUCAUUGAUGAUGCUUCGCAGCACCCUCGUUGCCAUCUUGGUGGCGAAUAUUACCAGGCAAAUCUCUCAUUGUACCGUUCAAACUCUACCGGCGAAGUGCCUUACAAUCGCGCUUUUGCUGGUACGAAUAGAAGCAGCGCAAAUUUCGAAAACCUGAUCAAUUGUACAUUUACAGUCAAGAUUUCCCGUGUUCAUCUUCAGCCGCCAAGCAGAGCACAAAUCACAGCUCGGAAAAAUCUAUGGGGUACUGAUGUCUAUUCGGAUGACUCGGACAUCAUUGCGGCAUUAAUUCAUCAAGGUUGGAUCUGCGGAAAAUGGAGCGACGAUAUUGAUGUCAAACUUUUGGAUCUUUAUCAAGCAGAUGAAGGAAUAUCUGUUGAGCCAGAACUGGAUACGAUGGCUGAUGGGCCGGAUGAAUUUUUUGACCGCCCUCCUGCGAGAGGUCCUAUGCCAGUUCGUAACAAUCGCGAUCUCCAUGUCACAGUACUUGUUCUGGGCUGUCUUGACAAGUACUUCAGCACGAUCCGUUAUGGUAUCAAGAGUCGUGAAUGGGGAGGCAAGAAUACUCGUGCUCACGACGGUUUGAGUUACUUGAUCAUGAACAUUAGGUGGGUUGAAGGAGUUAAUGGAAUGGAGCGCGGAAAUGUUGCGAUGAAACACCACAUGGAUAGAGAAUACCAGGAAGUUGAUCGAGAUCGCGAGUUGUGGCUGGAAACGAAAAUGAACGGAAGUGGGAAGCGAAUUAUGGACCAUGGAAAUGGAGAGGACCUAGAAAUGGAAGAAAGCAACAUGAGAGGUGAUGGAGAUGCACAGCAUGUUUUGAGUGAUGGGGAGAUUAGAGGUGUCGGCAUGGGAAGUUGGUGGAAGGGAAAUUCUCGAGGUUCUUCAAAGCGCAUCAACGUCGGAGAGGAUUCAGCUCCCCAACCAUCGGUGGGAUCGAUAGGAGUUGAAAUUUCACCAGUCGCCUCAUACUCUUCACUAGCCCGCGGACAGGAUUUUACCAAAGCAAAUGCCUCAGGAAAUGGAGACACUGCGCAAGAUUCUUCAAAUUCCGCACCUAUCUCCGACAAUAAAUACAAUGCCAAUUCAACUUUGGAAUGGGGCCGUGUUCAGGCUCCAGCUGUGAACCCCGGUACUCCACUGAACAGAGAAAAUAAUUUGCCAGUUUCAGCCUCAAUACCAGAACCGAUGGUAGUUGAAGAAACAGCUCCCGCUCCCGCUCCUCAAGCCUCAAUGCCCAAGGAAACACCCGGAACAGGAAAUCUCGACCUAAAGCCCACGGAAGAUUCAAGUCGCGAAGAAGAAGUUGUCAAGGAUGUCGAAUCGACUCAAACCCCAAAUCAAGCUAUCUCUCAGCCAGAAAGUCAAUCAAAACAACCCAGUCAAACACCAGUCCCAGAAAGCAAAAAGCAGGACGAAAACGUCCCGACUGCAGCCGAAUCAAAGGGCCCGGAAACCACCGCACAAGCCAUUCCGGUGGUAGAAGUCCCCGCGGCUAAAAUUGAAACACAAGCCCAAGCGCAGACUAUCCACACUGGUGGAGAUUCUUCUCCAGAUGCUGGCGCAGGUGGAGUUGUGGAUGCAGAUUCGUCUGCAUCUGCUCCUGCAAACAACUAA